UAUCUUUCUAUAAAUAAAAACCGAAAACUUGAAGUGAUUGAGUGUCUUAAAUUCUACUUGAAUGUUAAUUAUAUUGUGAUGUUAGAACUGAAUUUUUUUGCCUUGAGUGUUAAUUUUGCGCAUUGGAAAAAGCUCAAAGAUUAUACCUACGUAACUCUAAGCAUCUUUAUAGGGAAAGUUAACAUAAUCUAAGGAUAUGGUACAGAACAGCAGGAUGAAGAAAUCUGAAUGGGCAUCAUGCAGUAUAUAUUUUACAAUCAUGUACCUAUUGGCUCAGACACUUGCUGACAAGGAGAAGAGACAAAUUUUUAGAGAACAAGUACUUCCGGCAUUAGGAGGAAAGAUUCCCGAAGAGGCAUUCAAAAACGAUAGAUUAGCUUUGAACCGUUUAAACAAAGAAGGCAUUACAAUUGAGGAUCGACAUCCGCGCGUAAAAAAUCAUCAUCAAAAGCAUUCACCAUCAAAUGAUAUUUUAAAGGUUUACGUCUCUGAGAAUAAUAAUUUGAAGCAAGUUGAUACAACCUACAUAAUACGAAAACCAAUAGAACAUGGAAAUAAUCAACAAACGGACAAUCAUUACAGUUAUAAAUUUAAUGUUUUUAAUAAGCCAUCGCAAGAUUAUUCGAGUCAUCAAGAGCACAAUUAUCAGUCAUUAAUAAAAUCGAAACAACUUCAACCCAUUAUUAUUCAGCCAUCAGCUGUCGGUCAUCUUGGGACCAGUAAUUAUUAUCAGAAAUCUUAUUAUCCAUCUUGGACUUUUGUUUAUGACUGGAACACUUUUUAUCAACUCUUGAACGACUAUUACAGGAAUGUUGCUCUCAUUAAUUCACAACAGCUUAACAUCAAACAGAGUUCAGAUAUGGCGAGGUGUGCUAUCCGUGUUAUUGUUCUUUGCACCCUUUUGGUGCUGGUAACUUUCGAGCAAGGAAAAAGCGAUUAUCAGGGUAAAUCCGACGUCAAUUUUCAACAAAAACGACAAGUGGAAUAUGCCGACUAUCAGGAUUAUCCGGAAUUCCAGCCGAUAGCUCCCGUUGAACGACCUUCACCAUUAUCAUUAUUAAAAAAGAAAAAGGAGCAACAAGAUUUCAGUAAAAUUCCCGGUGAACCAUGGGUGGAUUAUCCAAUUUUUCACGUUGUCCCAGAGACAAAAUUCUCUUGCUCCCAAGUGCCAGCCUUACCAGGAAUGUAUGCGAAUGUCGAAACUGGCUGUCAGGCCUAUCACGUGUGUCACGAUGGUCGUGAAGGCGAUCAAGGAGCAACCUUUCUUUGUGCAAAUGGAACAAUAUUCAAUCAACAAGAAUUUAAUUGCGAUUGGUGGUACAACGUAAAAUGUGGUGAAGCUACAAGAUUUUACGACUACAAUCUCGAUCCGGAAAAAAAUCCAUAUGUACCUCAAGCCCACAAGGAAGCAAUUCGCCGUGAAAGACUACAAAUUGUUGUUGUUUAGAACAAAAAUUAUUUAUUUGACGAACGUUUUUUUUUCUCUAUAUAAGGACAUGUGAAUAUAAUAAAUGUUUAUUUAUAUUUAUAUCCAAAGAUCGUGAGUGAAAUAUUAUUGUAUUUAAUAAAAGUGCAUAUUUUUAUUAAUUUAUUUUUUCUAUAUAACUAUACUGUAUGUAAAAAUUGUUAGGUAUAAUAUUUUGAAA